GUGGAAGUUAAAUUGUUCUUGUAAGUACAUGUGAAUCUUCCAAAUUCCCAAAAUAACUUGAUAAACCUCUUUGGCGGAAGUUUCACUUUUGAUCUGUAGUAUUUCUACUUCAGUUUUUACUUCAAUUUUUUUCUUUGUAACAAAAUGAGAAAAACAGAAAAUUUAUCCGUGUUGAUAUCUCUUUAAAGUUUUUGUAGCCAAAAUUAACUCUGAUAACGAGGUAGGCAGUUCGCAUUUGUACGCGAUUUACAUUAAGGAGAGACACGUCAGCGCCUAAGAGAAAAGAAAUCUUUGUGGCAACCGCCAGUGAACCAACAACUGAAUUAACUUGACUGAUUCGAAACCGUCAAAAGCUUCUUUUAAUAAUUUAGACAUUAACCCUUUAUAUUGGCUCGUAUGGAUUCCGACGUCGACGCUUUUCGCAAUCCUGUGGAUACAAGUGCACAAUUGGAGAACAUGGGUAUAAUUGCAAUGAUAGUUCAAAUCAUCUCAUGGAUCUCGUCGGUUACUAUGGUCUUUGGUGGCGUCGUACCGUAUGUACCUCAAUACUGGGACAUUUUGCAAUCUCGUGAUGCAGAAGGCUUUUCUAUGCACGUGUGCUUAGCUCUCCUAGUUGCAAACGUACUCAGGAUAUUCUUUUGGUAAGUCGUUGUACGAUCCGGUUACGAAUUGUUGCCGAGAAUUCGUUUAACCGAUUUGUUAAUUGCAUUCAGAAACUAGAAUACUCAAGUUUAUCGGAACUGCGUUAUAGAUCGCUUCGUCAUCAACAGUUUGGCUGAGUUUGUUAGAAGUGUGGUGAAAACGGACGACGACAUGGCCGCACAAGAUUGCGAAAUUUGAAAUUUUACUUGGUGGCAAGUGUGUACCCCCCCGCCGUCUUCUUUAGUUUCGCCAGUUUUCAGAACUAUAUUCUCGUUAAUUUAUAUCCAAUCAGCCUUAAAAUUGGGAACGUUACCAGUUUUGAGAUGCUUUUUUUUUUUCCCUUACCGUGUUUCUGCUACUUGUAAUUCUUACUUUGUCGGAGGGUCCAUGAAACUUUAUAGUGAAUUUACUUUUUACCACGGAGAUAUUUUUACUACAAGAAAAGGCAAAUUUAUUCCAACAUUGUUUUCUUUGGUACAGAUUAAUACUUAAUAUGUUUUCUCUGAUCUUUAAACGAUCUCUUUGCUUGAUUUGAUCAGGUUUGGUCGUCGAUUUGAACUUCCGUUAUUAGCUCAAAGCUUUGUCAUGAUUGUUGCAAUGAUGAUGAUGUUACAGCUUUGCACCAAAAUAAGAAGAGAAAGUGACAUGAGUGCAAGGAAGAGAUCAUUUCUUGGUAAAUAUAAAUCAGUCUCCCAGAAUCAUCUUGAGAACUAAUAAAAGUGUAUUUAAAGAGGAUGCAUUAAAAUAUCAAUUUGUAGAAAACGAUAAUCUAACAAAUUUAUAGAACUGAUUGGUAAGUUAUUUAAAUGUCAGUCUGACCUACAAGAGUUCUUUCCUAAGCCAUUCUUACCUGGAUAAUUACAUUUAUGAGGUAUCUUUGGUUUAGAGUUUGCUAUUUUCUUGCAUAGGACAACACAGAAAGCCUUGAAUUAUUUGUAUCUGUCAGGAUUUAAGACUUGAUUGGUCUAUUUUUACCAAUAUUUGUAAUCCAAAAAUUAUUCAAGAAAUAUAAUAUCCUAUUUUGCCAGGAAUUGGCAAUGAAAGUAGUUGGUCCUUGUGAGCAAAUUACUUGUACAGCUCCUGGUUAUUGUGGUGCAACCCUCAGAAACAAGCUACCCUGUAAUUUAAGACAAUCGGACCAGACAACCAUACUACCCAUUAGAUUUUAAGAUAAUAAUCACAUAUCUUUUGCACCAUAUGUGUGAUAAAGUUAUUGAUGUUAUUUAUCCAUUCAACAUUUUAGUGUCUUACCAUCAUGUUUCUGCAUUUUUCUUUACACAGAUUUUCACAGAAGACAUUUCUGGGACUGGACACAUUUUUCUGACUAUGUGUUAUGUGUCCUGAUAUUUGUGGCUGUGGGUGGUUAUGUCACCUACUUAUUCCUUAACUUUCCAACAUUUGUGGAGCUUAUAGGAUUCUUGGCAGUGUUCACAGAAGCUAUGCUUGGAGUUCCUCAGUUUUACAGAAAUCAUGUUAAUCAGUCCACUGUAGGGAUGAGGUAUGUGCACUUGGAUGUUUCCAUUUCUGGAAUCUGCAUGCAUAAAAUUUCUGCUUAUAGACUGAGUGGAAAGGUUAGAAAGGAAAGUAUUUGGGUCAAGUGCACUUUACUUGUGCAUGAUGACUGAAAGCCAAAUGUUUUCUCAUUUGCCCCAACCAUACUUAGUCAAAAGGUAUUUUAUGAUGAGACUGCUGCUCUCGCUUUCUGUAUCCCUCAGUUCAUGCAUUUUGCAUCACAUAGGAGCAGCUUUUUCCAUCCCAGCUUGUGCUAUGUGUUUUACUCUUCAAUACAGGAACUUUGUUCUUCACUUUUUUCUGUCACAUAAGUCACACGAUGCAUAAUUUUAAUCCAGUCAUCUGAACACACUCUACCCCUCCCUUCCCUUUGCUGGUUGUACUAAGUGUUUCAGUAAAGAAUUGGGAACCCUUUUAUUUGGAGAUCUUGUACUAUUGCAUCUGAAAUACCACAGGGGUUGCUUGGUGAAUCCUCUGCUCUAAUCCUUUGACCCCUCGGAGUGACUACAUGUAAUUUCUCCUCACAAUAGCACCCCUGAAUCACACAUUGAGGUCACGAGAAUAGAGUAAAUGAUCUUUAACCAAAGACACUUUUGAUUGUUAAACAAAUUCUCCUUGACAGUACCUUGGGAUAUGUAUAGUUAGCCAUAUGGAGAAGAUACAUGCUAAUGUUAGGGAAUAAAGGGUUAAACAAAGCUUCUUUUAACCAGCAGCAAAUUGAAAAACUGAAGCAUGACAUUUAUUUUUUUCUGUUUGCAGUGUAAAGAUGGUUGUAAUGUGGCUAUCAGGAGAUAUAUUCAAGACUUGUUAUUUCCUUGUAAAGGUUGCACCAGUUCAGUUUUGGAUUUGUGGUUUGCUUCAGAUAUGUAUCGACAUUGCCAUACUUGUUCAAGUUUAUAAGUUUGGAAAACAGGAAAGAACUCAUUUAAGAUAAUGAAAAUUGUUUUAAAAUGCAAGUUAUCUCUAUGGAGUGCACCAUCAAUUUUUAUUUAUACAAUACAUAUAUUUAUAUCCUUA